GGAUGGUCACGGAGGAAAUCGUGGUCUCCCUGUCUGGAGGAGCUCCAUGGGGGUUCAGACUGCAGGGAGGAGCUGAGCAGCAGAAACCUCUUCAGGUGGCAAAGAUUCGCAGACGCAGCAAAGCAUGUCGAGCUGGACUGAAGGAGCACGACGAGCUGGUUGCCAUUGACGACCAGAUGUGUGCAGAGCUCAGUCAUGCUGAGGCCAUGAGCCUGAUAGACACACAGAGCGCCACGCUGAGCCUCAGGGUCAAAAGGGCCCCCUCAGGAUUCCACUCCUCAUCUUACUCCGGUCGCUCCGCAUCGCCUCGAUCCUCCAUGAGGGUUCUGUCUCCUCCUGCGAUUGAGCUACCCAAAGGCAUCACUUCCCCUCCUGACAGCGAGGCUUACUACGGAGAAACAGACAGCGACGCAGACACACAGUCGAGCACACACCGCCGCCAGCGUCGCACACCGCCUCAUGCACGCUCACCUGCUCGCUACGACAACCAGGAAGAGGAGGAGACCUCAGAGAUGAGCGGGUAUGAGAGCGCUACAGAAGCAGGAGUUGCCCUGCAGGGUCAAUGGGACGCUCAGUGUCUUGCCGGUGUUCCUCGCAGAGAGCUCGUCUACCAGCCCCUCCAGACAGACUGGACCACUCCUGCUCACACCUCUCACACUCUGACCCCCCACACCCUCACCCCGACUCCCCCCGACCAGGUGGAGGCGGAGGGUGAGGGUGACAGCGGCUUCCAGGAGGCGGGGGGUUGCGUCGGCCUGGCCUGCCCACCCCUCGUGUCUCCAGAGCGGGCUAAAGAGGCUCUGAUGUUGGGCUCCGGUAAACAUCUGGUGCCCAUGGUGGGACCACAGCAGACCCCUGUGAGCGAUGAACUCUCCACCACCUACAUGGACAAAGCACGGCAAGCCAAGUUGCAGCGUGGGGAGAGUGUGGUGGAGAAACAGGUGAAAGAAGCUCGCACUAAAUGCCGCUCUAUUGCAUCCUUGCUGACUGAUGCUCCCAACCCCAACUCGAAAGGGGUGCUUAUGUUCAAGAAACGCCGGCAGAGGGCCAAGAAGUACACACUUACUUGCUUCGGCAAAGCUGAGGGAGACAGAGGGGGCGAGACAGAGGGGGAAACAGGAGGAGAAACUGAAGAGGAAGGAGGGAGUUCUAUCCUAAGUGGCUCAGAAGUGGAUGAAGAGGGAUUCUCAGCAUCAUUUGACCCUACGUGGGACACUGGUUAUCUGGACCUGCUGGACCGGAGAAGCUCUGCUUGCCCAUCAACAACACCAGCUACUCCAACAACGCCAACAACCAAUCAGAGACCAGGACCGGACAUCUCAGCUUAUCAGAGUCCAAGACUUGUGACUUCUGUCAAUCAAAGCCCCGGGUUGGAGGUCUCAGAGUUGGAGAGUUCAGCCUAUCAGGGCUCACGACUGGACAGCAGCAUCCAGAAGCAGCCAGUCAGUAACUGCCCUGCACACAUGUCUCCUCCAGCUGUGGCCCUGACCAAUGGGGGGUCAGUAGCUGUCAGUCGGGCUAGUGUGGUGCUAAGCCCGCCCUCUCAGACGCUGCUUCGGAGUCAAAAUGGGCAAUACGGCAACCCUAACUCUCCUCCUAACCCUGAUCUCAGCCCAGUAACAGACUCACACAACACCAGCUUCAGUCCUAAUUCUGGUGUUCUGAACCGCACUGCUCGCCCCUUCACGCCAGGCCCGACCUCUUCUCGCGCAACCGUAACCUCCGUCAUGUUUCGCCCUCCCCAACCCAAACCCACAGCCAUAACCAUGGCGACCAAGCCCGUAGCGGCCGUCUCCAUGGUGACCAUCCCACCUACUCACCAUCCAUCAGGGCCAGAUGCGAGGAGAGCUGUGUCUAGCACCUCUUUGUAUAUCCCUCCAAGAAAUAACAACAGCAACACUCCCCCCUCUGUUAACUCUCCCCCGUCAGCUCUCUCACCUCCCUCCUCUCUGUCUUCUACACCUUUUGCUCAGCCUCCAGCAUGUCCACAACCGUUUUCUCCUCAGCCCGCAGUGCACGUUCCUCCGCCCAUCCCGUUCUCUCCUUCUGCAGCUCAAGCCACCCCGGUUUGUCCAUCACCUGCUCAACCCUUCUCCCCUCCACCUCCUCCUCCAUAUUUCACUCCUUCUGCUCCUGCUUAUCCACCUCCUUCCACCUAUAUGUCACCUCCUCCCAUGUCCCCACCACACCCCCCUGAUUUGACUCAGGUUUCAUUCCCUGCCCAGCCCACCCAUCCUGCUCCACCUCCAUCCCAAGCUUCUCCAUCUCCGUCUGUCUAUCCCUAUAAUAACAUGGCAAAUGACGUGCCUCCUGUCCCCAAUGCCUCUAUGACAGCUACAUCAGCACCCCAGGCCCCUGCUGCUGAUUCCCUGGUGACUCGUGAGCAGCGCAUCUCGGUCCCAGCAGCUCGCACCGGCAUCCUGCACGAUGCCCGUCGCCGUAGCAAUAAGAAGCCGAUGUUCAGCGCAGUCCAGAACAAAGAUGUGUCUCCAAACCCGGACUUGCUGUCGAUUAUCCAAAACAUGGAUGACCACUUUGGGCGAACCUCUGGUGCUGAAGCUGGAGUUGCACCCAGUAAUGAGGCUGGGCAUGAAUCAGGGCCUGAAGAGGACUGGCUGAGGCUGGGGGCAGAGGCCUGCAACUUCAUGCAGGCUCAGCGGGGACCCAGGCCACCUCCUGUAGCACCCAAACCUCAAGCCCCUCAGGUACCACAGCUAGCAGGAAAGGGAGGUCAGCUGUUUGCCCGCAGACAGAACAGGAUGGAUCGGUACAUUGUGGAGCGAUCUCCAUCUGUCGCUGCAGCCCCUUACUCUCCUGCCCAGACAAGGGAGCCCUCACCUACACCUUCCCUCCCUGCCACCUGGAAGUACUCGUCCAACAUCCGAGCUCCACCACCCAUUAGCUACAACCCCCUCCUGUCCCCCUCUUGUCCCCUGAAGGCCCAGAAGAAGCCUGAGGUGGCAAAGUCUGGAACAGCUGCAUCCAAAGGGAAGAAACCUGGCAUGAAGGAUGUGGACAUAAUGAGCCACCAGCCCUACCAGCUCAACUCUUCUCUCUUCAGCUACGGAGGCGGGGUUCCCAAGGAAACCUCCGCCUAUCAGCAGCAGAAAGGAAAGACAGGUGGUCCUCUAAAGACGGCACAAGUCUACGAGGUGAAGCGCUUCUCGACACCUCCUCCGACAGCCACAGGGCCCGCCCUUAAAGUCAUUGUUCCUCGAUCUGCCACGACGCUUGGAGAACCAAUGUGGCGCUCUGAUGUGACAUCCCCUCCACCCGUUGCUAAUGCUACCCCCUACCAGCACUAUCAACCUCCACCCCAACCUUACCAGCCUCAGUGGGCCGCCUCUCCUCUAUCUCCCACAAUGUCUCCUGUCCCUACUGCCCCUCUCCCUCAGCUUCCCACCUUCACCUCUCCUCCAAACCAACUCCAAUCUCCUAGUUUUUCUCACCCUCAACCUUCCGGCGCUCCACAGGCAAACAGGCAGUUCAAGAGCGCCCCGGAUCUGAGUCCUCUGGGCCCCACAGGUGCAUCUCACCAGGCAUCCAGCACCACUCAGCCCACCAGGGUCCCCAGGCCCAGAUUCAGCACUUCCAAUCUGGGCCUGCAGCCUUGUGUCUGGCGUCCUGGAUCUACUGCGCACUGAACAGAUUCUUUAACUAAAGGGAACACUGUGUUUUGA